AUGAACAACAUUCUCUUGUGUUUUGUCCAUUUCCAUCAAUCUUUGUUUUCCCAGUUCUUCUGCACGUCUCACCUUGUCGUCUGCAUCUCCCAGGGCGAUGUCUUUGCCUUAAUCAAAAUCUUUCUUUCUCUUUUCAAUAAUUCUUUCUUUCUUUCAAUUUUCAAUGCUUCUUUCUUUCUUUCUUUAUUUCAUUCUUUCUUUCAUUUUUCAAUCCGUCUUUCUUUCUUCCUUUCACUAUUCAAUGCUUCUUUUUUUCUUCCUUUCAGUUUUCAAUCCUUCUUUCUUUCUUCUUUUUUUCUUCCUUUCAGUUUUCAAUCCUUCUUUCUUUCUUUCUUUCAAUUUUCAAUGCUUCUUUCUUUCUUUCUUUCUUUCAUUUUUCAAUCCGUCUUUCUUUCUUCCUUUCACUAUUCAAUGCUUCUUUUUUCCUUCCUUUCAGUUUUCAAUCCUUCUUUCUUUCUUUCUUUCAAUUUUCAAUGCUUCUUUCUUUCUUUCUUUCUUUCAUUCUUUCUUUCAUUUUUCAAUCCGUCUUUCUUUCUUCCUUUCACUAUUCAAUGCUUCUUUUUUUCUUCCUUUCAGUUUUCAAUCUUUCUUUCUUUCUUUCUUUCUUUCUUUCAAUUUUCAAUGCUUCUUUCUUUCUUUCUUUAUUUCAUUCUUUCUUUCAUUUUUCAAUCCGUCUUUCUUUCUUCACUAUUCAAUGCUUCUUUUUUCGUUCCUUUCAAUUUUCAAUCCUUCUUUCUUUCUUUCUUUCAAUUUUCAAUGCUUCUUCCUUUCUUUCUUUCAAUUUUCAAUGCUUCUUUCUUUCUUUCUUUAUUUCAUUCUUUCUUUCAUUUUUCAAUCCGUCUUUCUUCCUUCACUAUUCAAUGCUUCUUUUUUCGUUCCUUUCAAUUUUCAAUCCUUCUUUCUUUCUUUUCUUUCAAUUUUCAUUGCUUCUUUCUUUUCUUUCUUUCAAUUUUCAAUGCUUCUUUCUUUCUUUUCUUUCUUUCAUUCUUUCUUUCAUUUUUCAAUCCGUCUUUCUUUCUUCAAUAUUCAAUGCUUCUUUUUUCGUUCCUUUCAAUUUUCAAUCCUUCUUUCUUUCUUUCUUUCAAUUUUCAUUGCUUCUUUCUUUCUUUCUUUCAAUUUUCAAUGCUUCUUUCUUUCUUUCUUUCUUUAUUUCAUUCUUUCUUUCAUUUUUCAAUCCGUCUUUCUUUCUUCACUAUUCAAUGCUUCUUUUUUCGUUCCUUUCAAUUUUCAAUCCUUCUUUCUUUCUUUCUUUCAAUUUUCAUUGCUUCUUUCUUUCUUUCUUUCAAUUUUCAAUGCUUCUUUCUUUCUUUCUUUCUUUCUUUCUUUAUUUCAUUCUUUCUUUCAUUUUUCAAUCCGUCUUUCUUUCUUCACUAUUCAAUGCUUCUUUUUUUGUUCCUUUCAAUUUUCAAUCCUUCUUUCUUUCUUUCUUUCAAUUUUCAAUGCUUCUUUCUUUCUUUCUUUCUUUCAAUUUUCAAUGCUUCUUUCUUUCUUUAUUUCAUUCUUUCUUUCAUUUUUCAAUCCGUCUUUCUUUCUUCCUUUCACUAUUCAAUGCUUCUUUUUUUCUUCCUUUCAGUUUUCAAUCCUUCUUUCUUUCUUUCUUUCAAUUUUCAAUGCUUUUUUCUUUCUUUCUUUUUUCAAUUUUCAAUGCUUUUUUCUUUCUUUCUUUUUUCAAUUUUCAAUGCUUCUUUCUUUCUUUAUUUAUUUCAUUCUUUCUUUCAUUUUUCAAUCCUUUCUCAUACUUUUUACUUUUUCUUUCUUUCUUUCUUUCUUUCUUUCUUUCAUCUAGUUUUUCUAUGUUUCUCUCUUUCGUUCUUUACUCAUUUUUCCUUCCUCUUUCGACCUUUGCCCUCUUUUUUUCUUUACUCAGUUUAUCCUUUUUCUUUUGAGAUUUUCCCACUUCGUUUCCCUCCUCCCCUUUUUCCAUUGAUGUGUCACUUGUAA